UCUCAGGGCGUCCUCUCACCCAUCGCACGCGGCGCGCAGCCCACAAGGGAAAAACCCCGAGAGACAAACCCCGGCCUCGGGGGCGGAGGCAGGGUUGGGGAGCGGAACCGAGAGGCCGCAGGGCCCAGCCUGCCACCAGCACUACCCGGCGGAGGCAGGAUGGAGGAUUUGGAUGCUUUGCUGGCAGAGCUGGAGCAGAGCUCCCGGCCGGCCUCCACGGACUACACGCUGCUGGCGCCGAGCUCCGCAGAGCAGGACACAGCCCUGGCUGGGCCCUCGGCCCCCUGCAGCCAAAAGCCACGUGCCUCGGCAGCCCCAAAGGUGCAGCUGCCACCCCGGGCUCAGCCUCCACGCAAGGAUUUGGAGACUGUGUACAGCCCCGUGCUGACCCCACAACCGCUGCCCCCCUCGCCCACACCCACGGCGGCUGCCCGGCAGUUGGAUGAGCUCCUGGCCGACCUGGGCCACAUGCAGAGCAAGCUGGCAGCGACGGGGCAGGGGGCCGGGGUGCCAGCAGGACCCGAGCCCUCCCUGGACCACAUGCUGGGCGGCCUCACGCGGGACCUGCAGGAACUGGGCAUCACGGCCGCCCCCACCGGCAUCUGCGCCUCGUGCUGCAAGCCCAUCGCGGGCAAGGUGCUCACGGCCCUGGGCAAAGCCUGGCACCCCGAGCACUUCACCUGCGCCCGCUGCGGGCAGGAGCUGGGCGGGCAGCCCUUCUUCGAGCGGGGCGGGCAGGCGUACUGCGAGGAGGACUACCACCAGGCUUUCUCCCCGCGCUGCGCCUACUGCGCCGGCCCCAUCCGUGAGAAAGUCCUCACGGCCCUGGACCAGACCUGGCACCCCGAGCACUUCUUCUGCACCCACUGCGGGAAGGUUUUUGGGGACGAUGGUUUCCACGAGCGGAAGGGGAAGCCCUACUGCCGCCAGGACUUCCUGGCCCUCUUCGCCCCCAAGUGCCAGGGCUGUGAGCGGCCCUUGACGGACAACUACCUGUCGGCCCUGCAGGGCGUCUGGCACCCCGAGUGCUUCGUCUGCGCGGAUUGCCUGAGCGGCUUUGCCAGCGGCUCCUUCUUCGAGCUGGAGGGCCGGCCCUACUGCGAGACCCACUUCCACCAGCGGCAGGGCAGCGUGUGCCACGGCUGCGGGCGCCCCGUGACGGGCCGCUGCGUGACGGCCGCCGGGCGCAAGUACCACCCCGAGCACUUCAUCUGCGCCUACUGCCUGGGCCAGCUGCACAAAGGCUCCUUCCGCGAGCGCGGCGACAAGAUGUACUGCCAGGCCUGCCACGACAAGCUCUUCCUCUGAGCCCCGGGUUCCUCUUCCUGGCGUUAGCCCCCCCAUCGGCAUCGGCGUCCCCCCCCGGUGAGCCACAAAUGCCCCAGGAUUGUAACCCACUGACAUCCCUGGCAUCGCCCCCGCUGAGCCAAACACCCCUCAUGUCGUCCCACCCAUCAACAUCCCUGGCAUUACCCCCUCUGUGAAGCAAUAAAACACCUGGUCCUGCUUUUGUUCUGCUUGCUUUGGGGAUGAGAGCGGGCAGGAGGCUGGGAGGAACGCCUCUGUAACUGGGGGCAGCCACAGGUGCUCCCCACUGCAUCCCAGGGCACUGCCCCAGCUGCCCUCCCCCUUGCGACCCAGCUUCCCUUGCAGAGCAGCUCGAGCUGUGCUGUACCAGCCAAAAAAACAACGAGCACAAAGCCACAUCCCACUGCUGCCCAGCCACAGGGCAGGAAGAGCUGCUCUGAGCCGCAGCAACAUCUUCCUGAUGGCAUUACAGCUUCCAUAAACACGGGGUUGAGGCAGAAACUCCUGUCCCAGAAGGGCGGCUCUGCCAACUCACACUCCUUUCUGUGCUUAUCUUCGCACCACACACAAGGACAAAGCAAACUAACAGAGGAGCUCGGUGUUACCUACGAAGGGAUAAGGAACGAUGCUAACAUCUGUUUUUGCAGCCGAGCUUGCUGCAAGCGUGUUUUUUUGUUUAAGGGAUACUCUUGGCACUAGAUAAAAGAGCAAUUUCGAAGUUAUAUUACUUCUGAACUUGUGAAAAGCAAACAAAAACAAACCAGGGCUAGAGCACGGAGGAGGGAAAGGCACAGCAGCAGGAAGCCCUGUGCUCUAAGGACACGGGAGUCCAGCUCCUCCCCUCUGUUGCCGUUUUUCCGUAGAUCUACAAACAGGAGGAAACGUCCCACCAGCCCUGGGGGCAUCCUUCCGAGCAAAUAUCAGUGGUAAGACAGCUGAGCAAGACGCAGCCCAGGAGGUCAGCCUCUAGGGAACAAAAUAAAUAGGUUAUUUGCAAAUAAAUCUAAAAGACAGAAAAAGGGGCAGCCUGGUAGGAAAGAGACGCGCCCACACUUUAAAAACUUUAUUUAUAUAAAAAAAUCAUUUUGUUUGAAAAGCGUUAUAAGAGUGUGCACAGGAAUCAGACAAGGAACAGCAGGGUGCUCCUGCCCCCCCUCCUUCCCCCCCCCGGAGCCAGCUCCCCUGCCCACGGGGAGAGGAGGGAAGGGGGAAGCUGGGCUGCGUACUUGGGUGGGGUUUUUUUGGUUCAUCUGAAAUUACAAAAUUAAAAGGAAUUAGUGUUUUACGUAGUCAAAGGAAAAGAGAAGUUAGACCCCCAAACAGAACCGAAUCAACGUGAGGGGCGGCUGGAGCCAGAGGGGGCUCAGCCCCGGGGCUGGGAGGUGUUUUGGGGCCGGGGGGGAGGCACACCGGGGCCUCCCCCCUUCCAUGGGGGCACUUGGGGUGAGCUGCAGCCCGGCGAGGGCUCCGUGUCCAGUUCGUAGCUGUGCGAGGAGGCUUCCAGUUGCACAGGGAGCCUCAGCCUCCCCACUUCACCCCCACCAUAAACAAAAAAAGAAGAGAAAGUCACAGCAGGGAGCGUGCUCCCCACCACCGGUCAGCAGAGAGGACAAGGCUGCGUGCCCCCAGGACAGCCCGUCCUCCAGGGGACAGGGCACGGAGGAGAGCCCUGCUCCCCCUGGGACUCCCAAAAACUGGGCUUCCAGCAUCGCCCCGGACAGCUGAGGCUCCCAGCAGGAGCUCAAGCCCACCGGUAGCCCAGGAAACACCCCCUCGCCCCAGCCAAGCCGGGCAGUACAAUUCAAAGAGCUAUUUCACAGUGGCAAAAGAAAGGCACAUGUCAAGAGGAGGCUGAGGGGCACUGCCGCAGGUGCCUGGCGUGCAGAGGCUCCUGGCUCUCCCCGCUGCUCGUCCUCUGGCAGCCGGGCUGGCCGGCCCGGCACACAGCACUCCGCUACUUCAGCCAGUUCCCUAAGAAACCUCGCCCCAAAAAGCCCUGCCGCAUCUCCUCCUUCCUUCCUUCCCCCCGGAGGAUCGCCCUCGGGCAGGGGAAGCCCGUCCCGCUCCCUCCACACCAGCCUUCUUCACACCUAAGGGUCCCUCCUGGCACAGGGGGCCCAUCCAGACCCCUCCACGACUCAGACAGAUCCUUCUUCCCACGCCCCCAAAGUCUCCUAUCUAGAACAAAGCGAGAAAAAAAAGUUAUUGCUGUUUCUUCUUCUUCGCCUCACACCCCCGUGACUCCAGCCUCCUUCGGACUCCAGUCCCACCACCAGCGGGGAGGGAAGCUCCAGUUGUCCGCACAGCCCAAGCUGCAGAGCGAUCCCCCCCAAAAUAUAUCCUAUAGGCAACAGAAGGAGGUCGCGAGGCCUCUGUCCCCGUCCCUGCAGUCGACUCCAAACAGAGGGAAGGUGUGGGAGGAGAAGGCAGCUCCUGGUCAAGGCAGAAGGCUGGAGUCUUUGCAGCAUCGGCGCCGGUCGAUCCCGACGGUCAGGCGGGAGGGUUUGGGGUUCGCUCUCCGGAGGAAGGUGGCGGCGAAGGACAAGGAGGAAGAGUUAUCGGUAAAGUCAUCCCAGAAGAGGGAGGUACAGCUGCCGAGAGGAGGCAGAGUGGCCUGGGCUGCCCCUCGCGGGACCGGGCCCAGUCAUUUGGCUGGCUAGUUGGCACAAACAGUCCAGCAAAAAAAAAAAAAAAGGUAAAAAAAAUCAGUCCAAUCCACCACGAAGUUAUAUAUUUA